AUGGCGACCGCAUCUCAGAAGAUCGUGCUUAUUACCGGUGGAAACCAGGGCAUCGGAUAUGAAACAGCCAAGAACCUCCUGCGUACCUCGGCCUCUUACCAUGUCAUUCUUGGCAGCCGUAAACUGUCUAACGGAGAAGAAGCCGUGAAAAAGCUACAGGCCGAGACCGAUUUGAAGGGAACCGUGUCAACCAUUGAGCUCGAUGUCACUGAGGACAAAUCUGUUGAUGCCGCCGCGGAGAAAGUAGCUGCAGACUACGGCCGUCUGGACAUCCUCGUCAACAAUGCAGGCAUCGUUUCGCUGGCGAACCCGCCUUCCCGAGUGGAAUACCGCAAGGUGCUGGACACCAACGUUGUUGGUUCUCUCAGCAUGACAGAGGCCUUCCUCGAUCUAUUGCGCAAGUCUGAAGAGCGCCGCUUGGUAUUCGUUUCGUCCAGCGUUGGCUCAGUCUCCCAGGCUGCCGACCCGACCUCCAAGUAUUACAGCGGCAAUGGCUUCGAGUACCGAUCCAGCAAGGCAGCCUUGAACAUGCUCAUUGUACUCUACUGGAACAGUCUGCAAAAAGAAGGGUUCAAAGUCCAUGGUGCGGACCCCGGUCUGUGUGGGACCAACUUCACUGGUAAUGCCCAGUCGUUGCUCGAUCGUGGUGCUGCCACACCUGCUCAGGGUGGUGAGCGCAUUGCGACCGUUGUCAAGGGAGAAAAGGAUGCCGAUGUUGGCCGGGUGCUGGGAGAGUAUGGAGUUUCUCCUUGGUAA